AUGAAGAAGUCGGGCGCCGAGUUGGGGCAGCAGGCGCAGGCGACAGCAGCAGCAGCAGGGGCCCGGGCAGGAGCGGCGGCGGCCCGAGGGGCGCUCCGUGGCAUGCGCCAGUCUCCCAGAGGCCGGGGCGCGCGCGGGGGCCCGGGGGCGCCCGCCGGAGCUCGGGGGCCUGCGCUCCGGCUGCCCCACCCCGCGCGGCCCGCGCCCUGCGCGGCUCUCGGGCCCCGGCGCGCCCCGGAGGAAAGCUGCCGCCGCUUCCCUGGGGGCGACCAAGCCUGCCCCCGCGGGACUUCCUCGGGCUGGCGGGGGCGCAGGGGAGAAGAUGCUGCGGCCGCGGCGGCUGCGCCUGGCGGAGCUGACAGCGCGGGGGAGGGCGGCGCGGCGGCGGCGGCGGGCCCCCAGCGGGUCGGCGCGCUCUCGCCCUCCCGGGGCGCAAGCUGCUCGCUAAUGCGGGGACCGCCGGCGCCCCCUCCCCUGGCCGCUGCUGUCCACCGAGCCUCCCCGCAUGGGCUGCUCGCCCCGACUCGGCGGCGGCAGGAGGCCCCGGUGUCCUCGCGCCGCCUCCUCCUCCGAGACUCUCCUCGUCGCUCCCCGGAGCCUCCUUGUCCCCCGUCCGCCCUCUCCUGGCUCUCGGGUCCUGCUGCCGCCGCCUGGGGUUCAAAGUGCCGCACUCCGGGGCUCCGCGGCCAGGCGCUCGGCGGCUUGGCGCCGGCGGGCUGGCUCCGUCUCGGGCAGCUCUCCCCGGCGCGGCGAGCACACCAAGCGCGGCGCCCUGCUGCCUCGGCUUGCUCGGCUCAGGGACAGGGUCCUCCGUGCGCCGAGCGAGCGAGCGAGUGUGCCCGGGGCUCGCCGCCUCCCGCAAGGCCUCCCGCCCCCGCCCCCUUCCUCCCCCUCCCUACCCGCCCCCAGCGCCGCCGCCGCCACCGCCUCCUCCCCGCCCCCCCGCCCCCCCUCCGGGCCUCUGCUCGGCUGGUUCCACUGCGCAGUGGCGCGCCCGGCUCCGGCCUCGUCACAAGUGCGUCUAGCGCACAGCUCUGGAAUGCAUUUGGCCGGCUUAUGCGCUGCGAGGGGCAGCAGCCCGGCGAGAAAGGAGGGAGCUGGGGGCUCGCCUGCCUGCCGCAGGCAGGUUUCCUCCAGGGCCCGGAAGACCUCCGCCGCCCGCCGCCAGCCUCCGGGCGCGGGGAGAUUACCCUCUGA